AUGCGUGUGCCCAGUAAAAUAAGACUGCAUCAUAUUAGUACAUACUUUCGAGUUGAAAGUGAUUUGCAUAUAUUAAGAACAAUGAGUGGUAAAAGAGGUCAAGAACAUCUUACAGACGAGGAGUUGGUAAGAUAUAUUUGUCAAAGCAGUGACUCGGACGAUUUUAUUUCGGAUGAUACAUUUGCGGAUGGAGAUUUUGUACCAGAUAGUAAUACUAGUAGUGAUGAAAAAGAAGAUUCAAAAGAUGCAAGUAGUUCUGAGAAAGAGAGUGCUGUGGAUAAUAAUGCACAUACAGUUGGGGAAGGAAACAAUAUUCCAGGCAUUCUUUGGACUAACGCAGUAAAUGAAUUUUCUUCAAGACUGAGUGUAGCUGCAAAUCGUCCUACAAUAAUUUUUUGCAAAGUCCUGAACCGGUCAGCAAAUGAACUUGAUGUGUUUUUGAAACUGUUUCCUAGAAGUCUAAUGAAAUACAUAGCCCAGUGUACAAAUUAACGUUUGGAAAUUUUACAAAGAAAAUAUCCAUUGAAGAAGUGCAAAAUUCUUGAAACUGACAGUGGAUAAAUUAUGAUGCUUCUCGGAAAAUUACUAGUGAUGUCCUAUAACAAGGUUCCUAAAUUUGCAU